AGACAACUGCUUCUUCCCAAUCCUGCAAUGUUUUCAGAGAUCGGUUAUGAUUUGCUGUUCUGAUGAUAUUUAAUCAAUUACUCAGAGCUAAUUUCCAACUUCGUCUUUAUUUGCCCAAAUUCUACUCACUGCAGAUGUCCAAAUUUGACUCGAAAGAAUUCAACGCUCUUCUAACUCCUGCGGUUCGAAGAAUCCAAACUGUAUUUGAGGAAAACAAACAUGAAAUCAGAUUAUGUGGAGGCGCCGUGAGAGAUUUACUGCAGGGAAAGGGACCGAAAGAUGUCGACUUGGCUACUACAGCUUUGCCAGAAGAAAUGCUGGAUUUAUGUUUGAAGCACGACUGGAGAACUAUCAACACUAAUGGUCUUUCUCAUGGCACUGUCACUAUUCGCUUAGAUGAUGAGAAUUAUGAAAUUACGACUUUGAGGAUUGAUAAAGUCACAGAUGGAAGGCGAGCUGAGGUCGAGUUUACGAAAGAUUGGCAGCUUGACGCGGAGAGAAGAGACUUGACGUUUAACUCGCUCUUUUUGGGAUUAGAUGGCACAUUGUAUGAUUACUUCUCCGGGGCUGAAGAUUUGAAAUUGAAGAGAGUGAGAUUUGUGGGAGAUGCGCAGAAGAGAAUCCAGGAAGAUUAUCUCCGAAUUUUACGGUACUUCCGCUUUUUCGGCAGAAUUGAUCCACCGUCGGACAGCCAUGAUCACGAAAGUUUAGAGGUCAUCCGGUUAAACGCUCAUGGACUGGGCGGCAUUUCUGGCGAGCGAAUCUGGUCUGAGCUAAAACUAAUUCUGGUAGGAAAUCAAGCCCCAGAAUUGGUCGAAAAAAUGCACGAAGUAGGUUUAUUUCCAUACUUCGAGGUGCCAGAUCGAAAACCAAAUCCUGAGUUUAGAACUGUUUACGAUAAGUCACGAAAGUUCAAACCGUUGCCAAUUACGCUUUUGUCGUCUCUGUUUGAAACGGAAACGGAAGUCAAAAAGUUCGAAGCCAGAAUCAAGUUUUCACGACUUGAAAGAUUGAUUGCGCUUUUUAUAGUCCAGCAUAAAACUGCGCCUGAUCAAAAGAAGUUUGAUUUGAAGUAUUUCCAAGAUCUCUUGGUAGACAACAAAGACUUUCCUUCUAAAGAGCAUCCGCUUUUUGAAUAUUUGAAGUACACUGGAAAUGAAGAGUUGAUUAUGAAUCUCGAGAGUUGGGACGUCCCAAGGUUCCCGAUUUCAGGAACCGAUUUGAGGCAGUUCAACGUUAAACCUGGAAAAGAUGUGGGAAAAGUGCUAAAACUGUUGCGUGAAAAGUGGAAAAACUCAAACUAUUUGAAUUCGAAAGAUGAACUCUUACAAAAUGUUCCUAGCCUUAUAUCAAAUAAUUGAUUAUUCUGUUUA